ACCCAACAUGGCGGCGGCGCGGCCCCGCCCCGCGCGCUGGGCGGGAAACUCUGAGGGGCGCGAUGGCGGCGGCGGCGGCGGGCGGCGAGGAGCGGCUGCUGCUCACACAGAGGCUGAAGGCGGCGGUUCACUACACGGUCGGGUGCCUGUGCCAGGAGGUGGAGGAGGACAAGGACAUACGGUUCAGCAAACAGAGCAUCGCGGCCAUCUCGGAGAUCACCUUCCGACAGUGCGAAACCUUUGCAAGAGACCUUGAAAUGUUUGCAAGGCAUGCAAAACGAAGCACAAUCAAUACAGAAGAUGUGAAGCUUUUGGCUAGAAGGAGCAGUUCUUUGCUAAAAUAUAUCACCCAGAAGAGUGAUGAGCUUGCAUCAAGUAACUUGGAGCAAAAGGAGAAGAAGAAAAAGAAGUCCAGUGCAGCCAAGGGAGAGAGAACUCCUGGGGAAAAAGAAGCAGCUGUGACUGAAAAUGAAGAUUCCAACAUGUCAUGAUCUACCUUUCAAGUGAUGUCUGAGGUCAGCUUCUCUUAGUAUCCUAGAGAAACCAGAAUUAGCCUAUGUAAGAUUCCUCUUGCAGGUUUAACACCAGUAAGGAAUCUUUAGGUUUUUAGGUGAACACGAUGAUUUUUAUUGUUCCAAAAAUGCAAGGUCUGUGAGAAUUCAGUAAAGCUUAUGCCCAAAAUGCCCUAAUUGCUCACAAAAGGUAUCUGUUACUAAAAUUAAACUCAUUUAAAUAAAGAGUUUAAAGCAGAA